AUGAUCAAAGAUAUAGAUAUAAAUAAUAAUGGAGAUGGUGAUAACUAUCUAGAUACCAAGAAGAAGAGGGAAUCAUCACUACAGUUCAAGAGUAUUAUAAAUAAUCGGUAUCUUAGAACAAAGAUAUUCAAUCAUGUCAACCAUAUUCACCAAGCAAUAGUUGAUCGCCAUUUCAUUGGACGUGAAUAUCAAAAAGAAUGGACAUUGAUAGUAAAGAUACCUCAAGUGAUAUCAUUACAAGAGUUUAUCAGAAUCAAUAGAACUGACUUGUUUAUCGAUCAUUUCGAUAGAGUAUAUGAUACAAUAAAGCAUUGUUGUAAAGAUGGUGGUGAUGGUGUUGUCAAAUUGGAUCAUGAUGCUGUAAUCAAAAAUUUAUUUGUUGUGAUUAUGGAGAAUAAUGAUUCGAUUGCAUUAGAGUUUAUGUUGAAGAGAUUCAAAUUUACUCUUCAAACCAUUAUACAAUCUGCAUCUCACCCCGAUAAACCAAUAGCGACAGAGGUGUAUCAAGUAUUGAAGCGAUACAAUUACCUCACCAUCACUUUGACCAAAGAUAUCAACGUUGGGGUUUCAAUAGGGUACGUCAACAAUCUGGUGAUUUGUGUCAUCAACUCUGGUAACAUUUCAAUAUUUGACCAGUUUUGUAUAGAUUGUCUCGAACCAAUCAAAUCACUAUUUAAUAUCAAUUAUACACGUGCCUAUAAUGAUAUAUUUAUAAAUAUCAUCAACAAACUAAAUAAUAAUAACAAUAAUAAUAUAGAUAAUAAUAAUAAUAAUAAUAAUAAUAAUAAUAAUAAUAAUAAUAAUAAUAAUAAUAAUAAUAAUAAUAGUAAGAUUAUUAACAACAACAAUAUGUCCGACAAUAAUAAUAAUAAUAAUAAUAGUAUUAUAUUUCAUAUGGUUAAAAGAUUAUUAAAUCUUGGAAUAGAUUUAAGAGGACCAUUAUUUAUCAAUGCAAUGAAAUGUUCAAACAAUCAAGAGAUAUUAAAAUGGAUAAAGAAUAGUUUUGAUAGUUUCGAUAUGUUUGUCGACUUUUACGAUCAAUCAAAUCGAUGGAUAGAGAGAUUUGCGUCGAUGGAUACUCUAAAGUUGAUUGAUUACCGAGAACCAAAAAUACCAAGUCGCUCAAGUUGGUCAUCAUCAUCUGUUGGUAAUCUAGAUUACCUCAGAUAUAUGGUGAACCAUAGUAACCUAUAUCUAUUUCAAGAGUCACAUCUCGAUACGGCAUUGGAAAAGGGACAGUUGGAAUGCGCCAAUUUUAUAAUUGAUGCUAUCUCUCAAUAUGCACAACCUGACCAAGUCGCUGAAUGUGGUCUCAUCAAUUCGUCGAUCGUGUCAUUAGAUCUCGUUCAAAGAUUGGUCAAUAACCCAAACAUCCAAUUCGAUUCUUAUUUGUUGAUGCAUUCAUCAAUCGAUCAUCCAGACAUUCUAGAGUACAUUCUUUCACUCGAUUCCUUUGCUUUCAUCGAUAUCGAACUCGCCAUAUUCCCUAAAGACCCAAAAUCCAUAGAAUUGUUGUUCAAUCGUCCACAUCUCUCUCAGCCUACUCGAUUUAUGGUUCAAAUGAAGGAAAUAUAUUUGAUUCCUGCACAAGCACUAGAAUUGUUGUAUAUGCGAGGUCAUUCACUUGAAAUAAUGAAUGAAGACCGACCACCCAAUUGGAAUGGAACUCCAAUCGAAAAAGAAGCUCUCCAAUUGAUUAUCAACCACGAAUCAAUUCAAAGUCUCUCCCCGUGGGUUAUCAUGACAAGGUACAGUCAAUACGACGACCAUAUCGAGUUGUUAAAGGAUGCAAUAGCUGAAGAGUUGGCAAAAAACGAACCAAUUCGUCAUGGCGGUGUCAUUAAUCGAGUAUUCAAUGUUGCAUGUAAGAAUGGAUUGAUCAAAGUUGUCGAAUGUUUUGAUGAUUAUAUUGGUUCUUUUGCAAUGGGUGGAUUUGAAAUAGCUCUUGCAAACAAUCAAAUUCAAGUUGCAAAGUAUUUGGGUCAAGAACUAGUUAAAACAGAUAUCAAAGAAUCAAUAUGUGAAGAAUUACUUUCAGUAUUAAACAGAGUAGAGGAUGAUGAAGUUUUCGAAUAUUUUUGGAGUCUUUUCAAACCGUUGACAACCAAUUCUGUACUUGUCUCUCAGACUAUUGGAUCACCAUCUCGUAAUCUUACAACCAACCGACAUUUAACAAUUAAUAGAGUGGAUAGAAUGAUUAAACAUUAUGGUCAAUAUUAUAAUGGCUGUGAAAAAGAUGAAUACCAAAUGAGACCAUUGACACUAUCAAAUGAAUAUGAAGCAGUUGUAAUCAAUCACAUCAUCACAAAAUAUCAAAAUGAUACAACAGUCAACCAAUUUAUCGAUAUUAAAUCAUUUGAUUAUCAUGAAUAUUAUAAAUAUAAUUUGAAAUUAUCUUUGAUUCUUCCAAUCCCUAUAAACCUCAUUUAA